CGCCUCCGUUUCGCAGCCACGCGGUCCCCGUGUCCCGACUUAAAGUCUUUGGUCCCCGAUCGGGGUUCCUCCCCCGCGCGCAGCCCCGCCGGCCUCCUCCCCUGCCCGGGGCAGCGCAGCGCCCCCUCCCCGGACUCCGGGCGGCGCUCCCGGGCGGGCACGGCAGAGGGCGCACCCGAGCUGCUGACUCACCGCAUCCCCGAGCGCGCGCGGGCGCAGCCGGGGACGCCGCGUCACGUCACGGCUCGGGCGGGCGCGCCUCGGGAAACGGGCUGUGCCCGGGCCGGGGGCUGGGCGAGCGGGGCCCCCAGCAGCAGCCACCCAGCCACGUCACCGAGAUCCUCCGAGCGGCGGCGGCUGCGGCUGUUGCUAAGGGAGGGGACGCGAGGGGAAGCGCGACCCGGGCGGCGGACGGCACCCAGCGCCACCGGCCGAGCGGCGCCCCCUCCCCAGGACCCUCCCCCGCGUCGCGCCCCGGUCGCGCCCGCCGCCCUUUAAAGGAGCAGCGAGUGCGGUCCCCACCCCCGGAAGGCGCCCCAGGAGCCGGAGCGACCCCGCAGCGCCGCUCGAAUUUUGGAUUUCGGUCUCGCCUUCCGCGGCCGGGACGUCCCCGAGUGCCCGGAGGACCCGGCGUCCGGGGGGCCCCCCCCCGCCCCUGUCCCGGAGGCGCAGCGAGGAUUGGCGGCUCCAACCGCCCCCAGCGCCCCCAGCGCGCGCCGGGGAUGGAGCCGCAGCCCGGAGGCGCCCGGAGCUGCCGGCGAGGGGCCCCCGGCGGCGCCUGCGAGCUGGGCCCGGCGGCCGAGGCGGCGCCCAUGAGCCUGGCCAUCCACAGCACCACGGGCACCCGCUACGACCUGGCCGUGCCGCCCGACGAGACCGUGGAGGGGCUGCGCAAGCGGCUGUCCCAGCGCCUCAAAGUGCCCAAGGAGCGCCUGGCGCUUCUCCACAAAGACACCCGGCUGAGUUCGGGGAAGCUGCGGGAGCUCGGCGUGGGUGAUGGCAGCAAGCUGACCUUGGUGCCCACCGUGGAAGCGGGCCUCAUGUCUCAGGCCUCACGGCCGGAGCAGUCCGUGAUGCAAGCCCUGGAGAGUCUCACGGAGACCCAGCCCCCAGCGGCGCCCGGGCCGGGCCGGGCUGGCGGAGGAGGCUUCCGGAAAUACAGAUUCAUUUUAUUUAAGCGUCCGUGGCACCGACAGGGACCCCAGAGCCCAGAGAGGGGCGGCGAGAGGCCCCAGGUCAGUGACUUCCUGUCCGGGCGCUCGCCGCUGACACUGGCCUUGCGUGUGGGCGACCACAUGAUGUUCGUACAGCUACAGCUCGCGGCCCAGCACGCCCCACUGCAACACCGCCACGUGCUGGCCGCCGCCGCCGCCGCCGCUGCCGCUGCGCGGGGGGACCCCAGCAUAGCCUCCCCGGUGUCCUCACCCUGCCGGCCGAUGUCCAGUGCCACCCGAGUCCCCCCAGUGCCCACCAGCCCUUCCCCUGCGUCUCCCUCACCCAUCACAGCCGGCUCCUUCCGAUCCCACGCAGCCUCCACCACCUGCCCGGAGAUGGACUGUUCCAGUACGACCAGCGGCAGCGCCAGUCCUGGUGCCAGCACCACGUCUACCCCGGGGGCCAGCCCUACCCCCCGCUCCCGAAAACCCGGCGCCGUCAUCGAGAGCUUUGUGAAUCACGCCCCAGGGGUCUUCUCAGGGACCUUCUCUGGCACGCUACACCCCAACUGCCAAGACAGCAGCGGACGGCCACGGCGUGACAUCGGCACCAUCCUGCAGAUCCUGAACGACCUCCUGAGUGCCACCCGGCACUACCAGGGGAUGCCCCCGUCGCUGGCCCAGCUCCGCUGCCACGCCCAGUGCUCCCCCGCCUCGACAGCCCCUGACCUGGCCCCCAGAACUACCUCCUGCGAGAAGCUCGCGGCCACCCCCCCAGCCUCCCUCCUGCAGGGCCAGAGCCAAAUCCGCAUGUGCAAGCCCCCGGGGGACCGGCUUCGGCAGACAGAAAACCGCGCCACGCGCUGCAAGGUGGAACGGCUGCAGCUGCUUCUGCAGCAGAAACGGCUCCGCAGAAAGGCCCGGCGAGAUGCCAGGGGCCCGUACCACUGGUCACCCAGCCGCAAGGCGGGCCGCAGCGACAGCAGUAGCAGCGGGGGCAGCGGCAGCCCCAGCGAGGCCUCCGGAUUGGGCCUCGACUUCGAGGACUCCGUGUGGAAGCCAGAAGUCAACCCUGACAUCAAGUCAGAGUUCGUGGUGGCUUAGGAUCGGCCACCCUCGCCCCUCGCACCCCAGCCCAGGGCGGUGGGCACUCCGAGAGCCCCACAGAGAGCGCGGCCCAGCUCUGGAGGGCAGGCGGCCACUCCCCCCCCCAGCCAGAAGCCUUUCUUUCUUUCUUUCUUUUCUUCCUUUUUCUUUUUUUUAAAAAGUUCUGACCGUGGUUUCCUGGACUCUUCAUGGGUUUUGCUUCCUACCCCUUCACCCUCCGCCCCUGCUCUCCUCCUCUGUCUCUCUCACCUCUGCGCCGGUCGGUCCUCCCCGCCAACCUUCCCCACCUCCAAUAUGUAGCAGCCUUUCUGGAUGGCAGAGACUGAGAGAGACAGAAACCCAUCCAUCCCUUCCGCCGCCUCCUUCCCCCCCCCCCCACCCUAUUCAGGUUUUAAGUCAAAAGUGUCGGCGUGUCAUUAUGCACUUUACAGAUGAGGGGAGGGGGCCGCAGUGUGCAGGACCCUUCCCGCCCCCCCGGGCAGACUUCAGGGCCUCCACCCCAGGCCAGCAGCAGCCUACGAGGGGACUGUGUUCUCUUCAACUCUAUUCUCUUUUCUCGGUGUCUUUUUACAUUUUUCCUUCAUUUCUUUAAAAAGGAGAGCAAAGCCGUUUUAUCGGAGAGCCUGGGGCUGGGGUCUACCUAGGGGUGUGACAGCCUUUCCUGCAGGGAAGUGAGAGGGGACCUGCCCACCCCCAGCCUGGACUGUGCUGUUUCCUCCACCCCCACCCCAGUGUUUUCGGACCUCCUGCCUGAGCUUGGGGUAUUUAUAGACUAUUAAUUUUCUGACUGAGCCAAUAGUGGUUGGGGAACUCUUGAAAAAUGGGGAGAGAAUGGCUGGGUGCUGGGGAGAUGCCCCCCCAGCCCUCCUUCCCCGCCCAACCUGAGGGAUGUGGAAUUUGGGACUGUCUGGGGGCCUCCUGCAGCCAGGAUAGGAGGGGGGUGCUGAGCUGUGAAUCCCCCUGGGUAGGGGGUGUCAACUCCGUGUAGCAUUAACCCCUGUGGCGGGGUCCGCUGCUGGUCUAAUUUGGACCCCCCACCCCUCAUUGCCCCUGCUCUAGGGGUGUCUGGCCCCAGAGGGGAGGGACAAAUCCCAUACUGGGGCCAUUUCAAUGGGGUAGUUUUUGGAUUUUUUUCCCCCACUGGUUUUUUAUUUUUUAAUGACAAAGGAGAUGUCUGGGCCUCCCCACUCUGCCUGUCGGUCUUGUCCUAGCCCUGCCUGUCCCCCCCCCUUUGUUCUCAUAGGUGAACCCCCCGGGUCCUCAGCUCCCCCCUUCUGUGUUGGAAGUCAAUGGUUUCAGAUGUGAACAUCGCGUGUUCUAACUGUAGCUCUGUACAUUUGUUUGUGGGAGGGUGGGCAGGGAGGGGUCCCAGAGGGUAAAAGCUCAAGGAUUUUGGGUUUUGUUUUGUUUUCGUUUUUCCAAAAAAAAAGAAGAAAAAAAUAGAAAAAAAAAAAAGAAAAAGGGGCGGGUUUGUUUUUUGAAGAACUGUCUUGGAUACCUAUUUAAAUGUGUGUUCUGUUUUGUUUUUUUAACGAUUUUUAAAUAACGUCCGUGCCUCCGUGGGUUGAGGGUGGAGCCUCCGGGCAGUAACCGGCUUGCCACCCUCUGCCUGGUCAGGGCUACCCAAGAAAGCAUUACCCGCCCUCGGGGGGUCGGGCUGUGGGGGUCCCGGCACCUGGCGUGAGUUUCAUGUAUGAAAAGAAGGAAACCCUACACAAGCACCGUGAUUUCAAGUAAUAAACAAAAUGAAACAA